AGGUCAAAACCUCAAAACAAACGGAACUGGACCUGGAGAUUCGCAUUUGAGCUUGGAGUCUGAGUGGGUUGGCGUUGUGCUGUCCUGCCAUUUUUUUUUUCUUGUAGCAUAGCUAGUGUUUCUGUUCAGUAGUUUAAGUAAUUAGAGGAAGGCACAUCUUUUCUGUGGCUCAGAUCGAAACCACCUGACCAACUCUGACUCAGUGCUAGCACAGCACCCAGUUAUCUGGCAAGAUGCGAGAACCAGUUCGCGCUGCACCUCCACCGCCUGGUGGUCGCCCUGCCACCAUCAUCCGUGCCAGCGCUUCAGAACCCAGCAUAAAGCGGUCGGUGCUGGACGCGGUGGGUCCACGGGCGGCCCCGGCCCGUCCCGCCCGCGGCCCCGCCCCCGCUCAGCCGCCGGCGCCGCGCCGCGCCGGUGUCCGGCCGCCGCCCAAGAAGAAGCCACCGCCCCGGCCGCCCCCGCCCAAAUUCCAGGAGUUCAGUCGGCGCGACACUCCGCCCACCUACGAACAGGUGCUGCGAGAGGACGCGGCCGUACUAGCCGGCUUCGGGUUCGGCGGCGAGCGUAACACCGCUCCCUCGGCGCCACCCCUCGGUGGUGACCUCAUCGACUUCGACGCGCCGGCGCCGGCGGCUCCCGUGCCGGCUGUACCGCUCACCUGGGACUCACCUCCGCCGGCCCGGCGCGUCGCCCCGUCCCCCGCCCCGGCUCCAGCCCCGGCGGCGGCGGCCGCUCCACUGCCCGCCGUCACCGUGAUCAGACCGGCCAAGAGCUCAACGCGCCGGGUGCGCCCCAGCUCCACGCCCCCGACCCCGGCACCGUCUGACGAGAGGGAUGCGUCGCCGCCGAUGCCAUCGUGUCCGCCGCCGCCGCCACCGACCAUUGGAUGGAUGUCGGCGACCCCGGCCGUAAAGCCGCCCCCGCCGCCGCCGCGGCCCGGAUCCAGCGCGUCUGCCACGGAGCCGGCUCGGGCGGUGGCCCUGUACGACUUCCAGUCGAGCGAGGCGGGUGACCUCAGCUUCCACGCCGACGAUACGAUCCAUCUGGUGGAGCGUGUGAACGCCGAGUGGCUGCGCGGCCGGUGCGGCUCGCGACAGGGCAUCUUCCCCGAGGCGUACGUGCAGAUUCUGGUCCCACUGCUGGGGGAGCCGGAGCCGGAGCCGCAGGCCGCGCCGGAGCCGGGACACGGAGAGGGCGCCCUGGUGCUGUACGACUUCAGUCCGCAGGAGGCCUCCGAUCUGGCACUCACGGCCGGUGAGCGGGUGCAGGUCCAGGGUCGGUUAAACGACGAGUGGGGCUACGGCACCGUGGCCGGCCGCAGCGGUCAGUUUCCACUGGCCUUUGUGGAUGUACAGCCAGAUCAACUGCCCCUGUUGUGAUGGGACUGGGCGGGAUUGGUGUGAAACGCUCGGCUUCGUGUGAAUUAUGGAUCUAGUAAAGCGGCGGGGCCUGUAUCGUGUGGUGUGAGUGUGAAUGGAUGGAUCCUGUGAGACUGCGAAACCGCUCGUACUGAGCGUGAGGUUGUUUUUGUGAAGAACGCAUCGUUUUUGGGAUGUUUGCAUUGGGAGGUGAAAAAUUAAUAUGUUGUUGGACUGGAUUGUUGAACUGGAUCGUUAGACGGUGCACCACUAUGUGGUGUCCGUCCAGGGAGGAUCGAGGGGCCUGCUUUGCAGUCGUCGCUGUGAUCAAAGGUCGCAGUGGUUAUGGUGAUGAAAGUAACGUUCUAUAGGCACAUUGAGGUGACCGGAAAGUAUUGGCCCACUGGCAUUCGAUGGUAACUGCGCCGACCGCUGAGCUGUUGCGUAGUGCGUUAUCCUGAGUUGAAAUGUAUGACUGUUACAAUGUCGAGGGCGCAACUGCGAGUCUAGCUGCUUCCUGUGCCUGUAAAUGCAUGAAUGAGUGCCUUCUCACGCUGUCAACUCUGUCCUUCACGUCUACUAUGUAGGGAUUAACUGGCGAUGAAUAGUGUAACACACCCAAAAAGUGUCACUCAUCGUCCGGUCUAAACCUCUUCGUGCACAAAUGUCUGUAACCACUUUCACACCGGAUAUGUAACGGGCGUGCCUGAUAGUGUGUGAAUGAGCCUGUGGUUGUACGGAGCUAGCGGUCCGCUUCCGACUGGACUGAAUCAUAUCCAGGAAAGGGAGCGACACUGAGCUGCCUUUGCCGCCUGGCUUUGUAUCGCAGGUGUCGCCUAUUUAUGUGAUUAUUCGCGAUUAUACAAAUGGAAGCGGCAUUGGUGAUGAUACCUCGUGAUGCUGUAUUAUUCUUCUAAGGAACUGUAACGAUGUCUGUUCCGUCCGUCAUUGCCGCCGUUGACGGGCUGACACAGACUGUCACGAUUAGUUUGGCGGUUCCACUGAGUGCCAGCUCGGAAACCGAAAGUUGGGGCAGAUGCUACGUUUCGUGAGUUGACAGACGCCUGUGGUUCCGUGCCCCGCUCGAAUGCUGCAGUGAUGUGCGCUGUGCGCUGUCGAUGCCUGUGCUCGACUCGGUUGUUGGAAGAGGGCGCUGUUUUGUUGUGCCCGGGAUGGCGCCUGUGGUGUCCCCAUAGCACAGAAACCGAGGAACCUGCUACACAUGGCCUUUGCAUGUCGUUCAGGAGAGCGACGGCCGACGGGAAAUGUCGGCCGGAACUCGCGCCGUCGGUGUGGAAACGUGUGCCUUAGCAUGUGCCCGAAAAUGGAGAACGCACGUCUGUAGAUGGUUAAGAUGUGAUGCCCCUCCAGCGCUGAGAGAUUACGGCAGAUGGGAAUGACACGAUGGCUGGUUACAGUUUGGUGGGUCUCUCCCUCGGUCUAGCAUGUAGCCCUUCUACUCUUCCAGGGACACCUGUCGCCAUAAGUGAGGGAAUGUGCGGGUGGAGACGCCGUGACAUUGAGUAGGUGGGAGACGUGACUAGGAUUGUGCCACCGUCAGCGGUCAGCCAGCCAUGUUGUGAUAGGAUCGCUGUAGUUUUCGGCGUGGGCCAUGCUAGAUCGACAUGUUUAUCGCCCGUUUUCGUUUUAUUUUUGUUGUCCUUACCAUAUCUUUAACUUUGUGAGUUCUAAAUAUAUGUCCGUUUUCGCUCUGAA